AUGGACACUUUCUACGUCGAUGAGGACGUCGGCCGCGACGAUGACUCCGCCACAGGGUCAGAAGACGCCCCCUACAAAACCCUUCUCUUUGCCAUGAUACAGCACCCCAAAGCAACAUAUAAGACUAGAAAGUCAGAGACCGCCCCGGCAGACGCCAACGCUGAUCCAGCCUCGCGGCUAGAGUGGAAACCAGCAUCAAAAUCCGCUCUGAAGAAGGUCACCAACCUUUACGAACAGCAUCAACGGAAGCAGGCGAAGGCAGCUGAUUUGGCCAUUCGGGAACAGCAAGAAGCCGAGAAGCGAAAGCAAGUGCUUGAGGAAGCUAAGAAAGUGGUCAUCAAAGAAGAUGAAAGCUUGCCCGCGCCUGUCAAGAUCAAGCUCAAUACUGUUGAUCCUGCCAAGGUCAAGCUGGGCACUGCAGACUCCAAGGGCACCCGGGUCCGAGUCGUGGGUCGAGUUCACCAUUUGCGGUCUCAGAAGGAUAUCAUUUUCGUCACACUGAAAGAUGGCAAAGGCCUGAUGCAAUGCCUUUUCUCGGGCAAUUUGAUCAAAACUUAUGCAGCCAUGACUCUGACUCUCGAGACCUCACUCGAAUUCCGAGGUGAGCUCAAAUCUCUGCCACCCGGGGCGCACGCUCCCCUCGAUCGCGAGCUCCAUGCCGAUUAUUUCACCGUGAUCGGAGCGGCUGUCGGUGAUAAGGAGGCCAUCACCAACAAAGUGCAGGAAGAUGGUGAUGCCCAGAAGCUGCUCGAUAACCGCCAUCUCACCCUGCGUGGAGACGUCUCGUCAAGCGUCAUGAAAGUUCGAGCAGCGGUCGAGAUGGCCUUCGUCAAAGCGUAUGACGAAGUGCAAUUCACGAAAGUGUCCCCUCCGGCAAUGGUCCAGACGCAGGUCGAAGGCGGUGCAACUCUCUUCGAGUUUAACUACUAUGGUGAAAAAGCUUACCUUACCCAAUCCUCCCAACUGUACCUGGAGACCUGCCUUCCUGGACUGGGUGACGUAUACUGCAUUGAAAAGUCCUUCCGAGCCGAAAAGUCCCUUACCCGCCGCCAUCUAAGUGAGUACACACACGUGGAGGCUGAACUCGACUUCAUCACCUUCGACGACCUGCUCAACCACAUUGAGCACAUGGUGUGCAGGGUCAUUGAAAUCACCCUAUCGGAUCCCGUCAUCGCCAAAUACAUCUACGAGCUCAACCCGGACUUCAAACCCCCAUCCCGCCCCUUCAAGCGCAUGAAGUACUCCGACGCCAUUGCCUGGUUGGUUGAACACGAGAUUCCCACUGACGAAGGCGAACCGCACAAAUUUGGCGACGACAUCGCCGAGGCCGCCGAAAGGAGAAUGACCGACAUCCUCAACGUGCCCAUUUUUCUGACUCACUUCCCCACCGAGAUCAAAGCCUUCUACAUGCAAAAGGACCCCUCGGACCCUCGCGUGACUGAGAGUGUCGAUGUCCUCAUGCCCGGCGUCGGCGAAAUCGUGGGCGGGAGCAUGAGGAUCUGGGACUACGAGGAGUUGAUCGCCGCUUACAAGCGCGAGGGAAUCGAUCCAGAGCCCUACUACUGGUACACGGAUCAGAGACGCUACGGCACAAGCCCCCACGGCGGGUACGGCCUGGGUUUGGAGCGAUUUUUGGCCUGGAUGUGUGGCCGUUGGACCGUCAGGGAGUGUUGUCUGUACCCGAGAUUUGCCUAUCGGUGCAAGCCAUAG